UGAGUUUGACCUGGGACUCGUUGCCCUUCUGCUCUUCCUUCUGCUCGAUGGAAGAGACGAUUCUCCAUGAGGCUCUUCUGGCACCAAUCACGUUUUUGUACGCGACCGACAAGAGGUUUCUUUCUUCGAUGGACAAUUCUUGGCCAGAGGAGGCAACGGCCUUCAUGUUUUCAACCAUUUCCUCAUAUCUCUCAGCUUGUUCGGCCAACUUAGCCAAAUAAACAGAGUCUUCACGUGAUAAUGUCAUGUUGUCGAGUUCUGUGGUCAAAAGAUAAUGUUAGUAUUUGCUUGUGUUAGCUUGCUGUGUGCUGCGCGACAGGUCGCAGCGUUGUGUGAGAAGGAAAGCUCAGCCAGACAGACAGAUGGGCAAGCUGUCACUUCUUCUGAGCCACUGACAGCAGGAAACGGGGGCGUGGAGACAGACGUGGGGACGCCGGCGGCGGAGGUGGACAGCACCACCGGCUGCAAUUGCAGCAGCAGCAGCAGCUGUCCACGUAGCCCCGCUGCACGCUCCGCACAGCAGCUGAUCUCGACGGAUCGGACGCCCGGCGUUGCCGCCAUCGCUGCUGCCACCCUACAGAACACCACUGCACAGCUCCAACGGCUGCCUGUCGUGCCCUGCUGUAGCAAUUGCAACGUCCUGCGCAGACAACUGCUCUCGAUCCGAUCCGCCCUUGUUGUUCACGUCCACUGCUUCUCUCCUGCUGUGCUGACUGCUCAUCCAUUGCUCUCUGCUGUCUGAUCCCUGCUCCCUGCUCCCUGCUCUCUGCUCCACUGCUGGCGGCAGCAGCCGCCAGCAGUACUCCAUCUGUCUGUCUGCCCCUGUCUGCUCCUCCUGCUUCUCGUCCCUGUCUGUCCCUGCCCUGCUUCUGCUCCUUGCCUGCUGCGCCUGGGCGGCACACCUGCCUGGA